AUGCCGGAAGCUGAAACGCCGUUUGCCCUUAGCGCGUUCGGCACUUCCCGGCCGUUUGAGACUUUCGUCUCAGCUGCACUUACAUCUCAAGCUUGUCGCCCCCCCCCCCCCCCAAGUUGUCACAAGGUGUACAUCGCACCAACGUCUGACGCAAACCAGGAACAGCCAUCUGCUCUUGAACAUCACGCAUACACUGCCGACAACACUAUCAGCUUGGGCGGUAUCGACGUUGAAGCUCUGAACGCACUCGCGAGGAACGUGCAGGAGCGCCUGAAGGGCGGGUUCGGCGAUUUCCAUGAGGAGGGCAGCCAUAAAGACAACCGCACCGCUCAGCUCCCGAAGCUCACCAAGCUACUCGGCGAGGUCGACAGACUUAACGACAGUCUGCUGAAGCUGGUAGCUACGCGCGCAUCAAGGAGCAACGAUCUACCCGGUAUGACCAGUGGCGCGGGCACAACUGUGCCACUUGGUGGCAAGUCGAAGACGCUCAACACGCGAGUGCAAGAGCUCCAGCACCAGUUCGCGCAGAUGAUGACCCGGAAUGAGCGACUCGAGAAAGACGUCAAGGCCGCCACCACUCAAGCCGAAGAGGCGACCAGAAAGAUGGAGGCAACAAAGCUGGAGAAUGAGACUUUACGCAAAGAUGACGAGAAACAGGGCAAGAAGCUCAAGGAGCUUGAGCGAAAGGGACCAAAAGCCGUGGCUUCCCAAGAUCAGUCACCGUGGGACGAGCAGUUCCAAAGUCUGCAGGUCCAGGUCCAGGCUACUGCGGACAAGAACAAGCGAAUCGAGAAAGUGCUCAACAAGGCUGUCGAUGACGCGGAACAAGCAAAGACGGAUGCAUCGACGGCCAAAGUCGAGAUCGACAUACUUUGCAACACCCUCAAUCAGCAGGGUAAGAGAUUGAGAGAGGCAGAAUCGAAGGAACCAGGGACUACGCUGUUCACCAGCGCUUUUGCGCCCUCAAAUGCGACACACUGGCACGACCGGCUCAAUGGUCUGCAGCAGCAAAUUGACACAGCACACAACAACGCCGAGACGGGUUGCAAAGAGGCUAUGGUAGCUCAAGCACAAGCCCAGGCGAUCUCCGCUGCCCACGACAAGACCAGAUCGAGACAUACCCGUGCCAUUAUCUCGAUGAGAGACCAGAUCAAGAAGACCGACGAGCGCCUCGAUCUAGUUCUUGGCGAUGACUCCGAUGUCGGUGUACCACUGUGGGUACCUACGACAUUCAAGCAACGAACUCUGGAAUGCCGCAUCAACAAGAUCGAGACAUACACCACCCGAAUGAGCCGACGCACACCAGAGCUUCCAGCGAUUUUGAUGUGGAAUAUCUGCCCAUGUCUAUCACUGAACAACAGAUCGAAGACGCAAUUGAUGCGAUUCCCUCGCACCAAACUGUCUACCCAUCGUAUCUCUUCUACAACUACAACGGACGUCAAGGGAGGAACAGCCGUGGUCGAUUUCAAGGACCAGACGGAUGCCAAUGAAGCGGUCAGAAUGGAUGGCAUGAUGAUCGGAGGCCAAAAGGUGUCAGUGCAAGAAGUCUUCUACCCGCAGGAUGAUACCAUCAUCGGUCAUUACAGCGGCUGGAUCCUGCUAUCGGGUGGUUGGGAAGGCCUGUUGGGCUCUCAGCCAUUCAUCCCCGAUGCUGUGUCGUAUAUCGGCGAGCCUUCGUCUACGCUUAUCCGUGAGUUCCUGCACAGUGUCGCCAACUUUCACGGCGAUAUGAAGAUCAAGAUGGCUAUGGACAGCACGGACAAGUGCUGUAUGUAUGUGUUGGUCAAGCUGGCGGAUGAAGUGGAGGUGACUAGGGCGUUUCGGAUGCUGCACGGACAGGAGUUUUCCAGGGGUGCGAUGCAUGUCGGCAUUGUGCAAGGUUACGAUGGGACUUGA